UUCAGAUUUUUUGUAUCUUUCCUCCACACAUCUUUCUUUCUCUCUAUCCUUCUUCCUCUCUUCUUAGCUUGCUUUUUCUUUAAUAAUAUAUUCUUCCAAGAUCAAAUAGUUCCUUCUUUGAUCUUAUCUCAUUGGCAUAAGCUAGGAGUUGCAUAUUACUCAAACAAGAAGAGAUAUAUAUCAUUGAAGAGAAGCCACAUAAUCAUUUAUAAUGUCUUUAGAUUUAUCAUCUGAUCGUGUUUGCUAUGUCCACUGCAACUUCUGCACCACGAUUUUAGCGGUAAGUGUACCAUACGCAAGUUUGUUCACACCUGUGACUGUGAGAUGUGGCCAUUGUACCAAUUUGCUCUCUCUCAACCUAGGCGUUUCACUUCAUCAAACCUCACCUACUCCUGUUCAUCAAGAUCCUCAGCAUAAGCAACACAUAACCUCUUCGAUAACAAGGAGAGAAUAUGGAUCAUCUUCUAGGAGCUCCAACCAUUUUUCAACCACAUUGUCAGAAAAUGUCAAUCGAGAGGCUCCUAGGAUGCCUCCUAUUCGUCCACCGGAGAAAAGACAACGCGUUCCUUCGGCCUACAACAGGUUUAUUAAAGAGGAAAUUCAAAGGAUCAAGGCUGGCAAUCCAGAGAUCAGCCACCGCGAGGCGUUUAGCACAGCUGCUAAAAAUUGGGCACAUUUUCCUCACAUUCACUUUGGAUUAAAGCUGGAUGGCAACAAGAAGGGCAAGCAAUUAGAGAAGACUGUUGCAGGACAAAAGUCUAAUGGAUACUACUAAAGCCUUUACAUAUACAUUGAUAAUGGCUAUUAUAUGUAUGUGUAUGCUGAGAAGGCAAGGAGAAGAAGAUCAAAAUAACCUUACACACACUCACACAUAUAUAUACAUAUAUGUAUUUCCCUUUCCUUUUUCUUGCGUGGGCUCCAUGGAUAACUUCGUUUCUAGCUUAUAUUCUCCUAAUAAGUGAACCCAUAAAUGGUUUUCACAUUUGAAACUAAUUAGUAUUUAUGAAGAAUCCUUUGUGAAGACUGUUAUAUAAGUUUCAUUUUUCCUAGUUCUGAAAAGGUGUAGCUCUUUGUGAGGUCACGAAUUUUGAAAGAUAAGUAGUUUAUAGCAGCUGCAAAUUCUACUAACAUACGAGCUUAAAGGUGUGUGGAGUUACAGAACUAUAUCAAUGUAACUUAAUUAAUGUAUAGAAUUUGAAAAAAAGAAAAGAAUUUGAAUGUAAGUAUAUCAAUCUCUAUAAUAUUAUUUGA